UAAUAUUGAUUUCCAACCACCAACAAGCAGUCGGACUUGCUGUGCUUUAAACACUAUUUGUUUAAUCUCCUUUCACUCUAUUAUUUUACUUCCCUAAACAUGGGGCAAAGUAAAUCAUACAAUUUUAAAGCAGCCUAAAUUAAGACUUAAGCUUUAGGUUAAUUUGUUUUUCUACAGUUUUUAAACUGUCUAGAGAAUAAGGAUUACUUCACUGAGCUUCAAGAAGUAGGACCUAAGUCUUAGUUGGCCGAUUUCCAGCAGAAUCCACAGAGGCACACAUUAUUCAACUAACCCUUUUUUUUUUUUUAGUCCUCAUGAAAAAUACCAGAAAACACAAGGUCUGUAAGCACUCCCCCCCCCCGCUCGGGUCCUGCUGCCCUCAGACCCCUCCCAAGGAUCACAUGUAAGAAGGGAGGAAGUUCCAGGAUCUACUAUGUGCCAUCGCAUCAUGAUAGGGAUUAUUUGGAAUAAUCAGGACGAGCUGCGUAAACUGAAUGGACAUUGGCUGCAGAUAAACUGGUUGAGCACUCAUCCGCACGAUGGCUGACUGGGACUAUGACUAUCUGAUCAAGCUGCUGGCUCUCGGCGACUCUGGGGUGGGGAAGACCACCUUCCUCUACCGGUACACCGACAACCAGUUCAACCGCAAGUUCACAACCACAGUGGGCAUCGACUUCAGGGAAAAGAGAGUGAUAUACACAGGGACGGGUGCUGAUGGGACGACUGAGAGGAACUUCAAAGUCCACCUUCAGCUCUGGGACACAGCAGGACAAGAAAGAUUCCGCAGCCUCACUACAGCUUUCUUCCGAGACGCCAUGGGCUUCCUGCUGAUGUUUGACUUGACCAAUCAGCAAAGUUUCCUCAACGUCAGGAACUGGAUGAGUCAGCUACAGGCCAACGCGUACUGUGAUAGUCCAGAUAUCGUGUUGGUGGGCACCAAGGCCGACCAGCGAGAUUUACGGGAUGUUCAUGCCAGACAGGCCAAAGAUCUGGCCGACAGAUAUGGCAUCCCCUACUUUGAGACGAGUGCAGUGACGGGCGUUGACGUGGACCAGGCAGUGACCACCCUGCUGGGCCUGGUGAUGAAGAGGAUGGAGCAGAGCACGUACGUGGGCCCCAGCUCAGAACCCAACGGUAUCCCCUCCGUCAGCCACGACGUGCAGGAGGCUCGUGUCUGGAGGACGUGUGCUUGUUGAUCUCAAACACCGGCAGUCACUGUUUUCACGUCUGCUCCGAGUGACGCUGUAGCUUGAGAAGCUGCUGGUUUACGGAGCUUGACUAAGGUGCCUGCUAUAGGUAAGACAGAAGAUCAGCUGUAAUUCUACAAAAAUAUGAUUUAUACUAUGAAAAAUAUCCCAUUUCACUGAAAGCAAUACAGUUAGGACAGUGUAAAUCCUCCCUGUAAUAUUAUCUAUUUGCAGCCUGUGCAUCGUUAAGUGAGGGUGAGGAAGGAGGGGAUGAGUACUGUUUAUGAUGGGAUGUUUUACCAGGGUAUCAUCAGGUCUUAAGAAGCAAUAAAUUCCACUUUCAAUUCCACUUUCCACUUAAAAAUUGAAGUUGUAAGAUUUUACUUACAAAGGUAUUCAAUUCAAUUAACCUGAAUAAAUUAAUCAUUUGUAAUUGGUUAAUUCGUCCAUUUAUUAUGUGUAUCCAGGUCUCAUUGAGUAAAGUGAGAAUAUCAUUGUAUUUAUUGUUAUAUUCUGCUGGGGUGUAAAGAAAUAUAAUUUAUAUAUCCCCACUGGUUUUCCAUCAUAUUAUUUUUUAUUCUCUUACUGGCUUGACAAUGAAAAUGUAUUAAAUUGGACUGUAUCAUAUUUUAAAAAGUAUUGAAUAGACUCCGAUUCAACUUGAUGAACCCUGUUUAAAAACACCCGGUGAUUGUGAUUCAGCAAGAAAAUCGAAAUCAUCCACAAAUGAGUCAUAUCAGAGAAAAAUACCGUUUUUAUUUGACACAUUGAGGCAUUGAUGGAAGGAGUAAUGCAGGCACAUAAUGUAUAUUUACCAUGGAGUAUAAUCGAAAAACAUUGAAGACAUGUUUACAUUUCAUAUAUGAACGACCAAGAUAGCACAGUCCCUUACAUGAGUUAUGACUUUUAUACGACAUGUACAUAAGCAGCCAAGCUUUUUUAUGCGUUAUGGAAGAAAGUCGCCAUGCAGAUUGAACACAACUACAAUAAUGUUAAAGGGUUGUUGUGGGGUCCUGUAUAGUGCUGCAUUUGGAAUAAAGACAGUUUAUGUUAAGAU